CUGGGGUGAUGCUGGAGGGCUGUGGCGCCAGCCCUCACUCUGCUAGGUCAGUCUCACAGCAGCUGCUCCUGUUCCUCCAGGGUUCCGGGCCAGGACGAGCCGUCUCCAGGGAUGCCUGGCCCUCCUGGCUGUGGCCUCAAUGACUCGUUUCUGCACAACCCCUGUCCAGAGCGCUGAGCAUGGGGGUGGCACGAGUGUCACUUCCCAGAGUGGGUUCCCCAGAGACUGCAGCUACAUUCCCAGGGACAGCCCCAGUGGGGUCUAUGCCAUCCAGCCGGCAGGCUCUCCCCCUCGGGUGGUGUGGUGUGACAUGGACACCGAAGGCAAAGGCUGGACCGUUGUCCAGAGAAAUUCUUACAACACAGAGAUCACCUGGACGGAGUCCUGGAGCACCUACAAGUACGGCUUUGGGAACGUGCAGAAGGAUUACUGGCUGGGCAACGAGUACCUGUCCCUGCUCACGCGGCAGAACACCUACAAGGUCCGCUUUGUCGUGGAGGACAAAUCCAACAACACCCGCUACGCGGAGUACGACAUCUUCAGUGUCGGGGAUGAGCCCAGUGGGUACCCGCUGAGGCUGGGCAGGUACUCUGGGAACGGCACGGACUAUUUUACCACCUACCAUGCCAGCGUGGGGGGCAUACACGACAAUAUGAAGUUCAGCACAACUGACAAGGAUCAGGACCAGUCCAGUGGGAAUUGCGCAAGUAGCUAUGGGGGCUGGUGGUACGACAAGUGUCAGAACGUCCAGAUGAAUGGGAAAGGCUACAUCUACUGGGCAGGAUUCUGUAGUUCCGGAGAGUGCAAAUCCUCCACCAUUCUGGUUAAACCAGCAGACGUGUGCUGA